CACUUAAUAGUGCUUUUGAUCAGAUUUUGGUGGGAGGAACGGUUUAAAACUCCCAAAUCUGGGAUUUUGCUUAAAGCAUGAUUCUUUUUCCAUUGAGAAUUAGUCGAGUUGUCCCUAAGAACAACGCGAUACCAUCCAUUAUAUCUCUCAGUCGAUUUCUCUGCACUUCAAAUUACAGUGUUUUGAAUUCACUCUCUCAAUGGAUACCCAUUUCAGAGAAAUUCGCAUCUUAUUUGGAGAACUGUACAGACGUUGUUUCCUUGAAAAAGCUACAUGCUUUCAUCUUCACUUACGGUCUCGGUGACAGCAUCUUUCUGGGUUCUAAGCUGCUGAAUUGCUACGCCAGGUUUGGACUUUUAGCUGAGUCGAGAUGGGUAUGCGACAGAAUCAUCAAAAACAACCUCUCUAUUUGGAAUUCAAUUCUCGUUGGUUACCACAGAGGUGGUCUGUACAGUGAAGUGCUUAGGCGGUAUUCUGAUGUAAAGCAGCAAAACUUGGGUUUGGAUAGUUCAGCUGUUACUUUUUGUUUGAAGAGUUGUAUUGAAUUGGGGAGCUUUGAAUUUGGGAAAAGAGUUCAUUCGGAUGCCUUGAAGUUUGGAUUAAGUACAGAUGGAUUUGUGGGUUCUUCGCUCAUUGGGUUGUACUCUAAGUUUGGAGAUAUUGAAGGUGCAGCUAAAGUGUUCGAUGAAAUACCUGAGAGAGAUAUUGUUGUUUAUACUUCAAUGAUAAAUGGAUAUGCUCAGGCUGGAGAUCACCAUGCUUAUCAGGCUUUUGAUGUUGCUCGCCUUAUGCAGAAGGAGCAGAUCUGUCCUAACCGGGUGACUCUUGUGAGUUUAGUGCAGGCAGCAGCAGAGUUGGAAGCCUUAAGAGAAGGACGCUCGAUCCAUGGAUAUGCUUUUAGAAGGGACAUGGGUGGUUUAGAUGAAAUAUUGGGGACAAGUCUAAUCGAUAUGUAUAUCAAAUGCAAUGAUCCUAGAAAGGCAGCCUGCAUUUUUCACCAGAUGAAGGUGAGAAGAAUUGGUUCUUGGAAUGCUAUGAUCACUGGUCAUCUUCAAAUGGGGCAGCCAUUGGAAGCUCUGCAAUUGUUUCAUGAAAUGGUUGAGGAAAAUAUAGCACCCGAUCUGAUUGCCUUAGCAAAUGGGAUCUUGUGUUGUGCUGAUUUGAGGUGUUUGCAUGAAGGCAAAAGUAUCCAUGGUCAAAUUAUCCGGCUUGGACACCAGCUGGAUCUAGUAUCUGCUACUGCUCUGGUUGAUAUGUAUUCUAAAUUCAGUAAUUUGAUCCAAGCUAGGAAAUUGUUCGAUGGAAUGGAGUCUAGGGAUGCAAUUUCUUACAGUGUGAUGAUGGCAGGGUAUCUUCGAAGCAAUUUUGCAUCUGAGGCAAUAGGAAUCUUUAUGGAAAUGGUUGGAUCUGCUAUUCGACCAAAACUAUGUUGUAUCCUGAGUUUACUAGCUGCAUUGUCUGAUCUCAAAGACACAAGACAAGGAAGGUGUGCCCAUGGUUACAUUCUAAGAAAUGGUUUCCACAUGAAUAUUGAAAUUACCAAUAAACUUGUAUACAUGUAUGCAAAAAACUGUUGUGUGCUCUAUGCAAGACAAGUCUUUGACAGAAUAAGAUACAAGGACUUGUUUUCAUGGACAUCAAUAAUGAUGGGUUAUGUCGACAAUGAGGAUGCUGAUGAAGCCAUAAAUUUGUUCCGGAUCAUGAAGAGAGAAAAUCUAGAUCAUGAUUCAGUCACUCUGGUGAGUCUGGUCCAGGCAUUUGCACAGCUGGGAUGCUUAAAUUUAGUGAAGGAAGUUCAUUGUCACCUAUAUCGAGUUCCAAUGGAGAAAGAAGCACUGGUAAUCAAUUCCCUGAUAACAACAUAUGCAAGGCUGGGGAAACUAAAUUUGUCUCAGUAUCUGUUUGAGCAGAAUUUUCAUCGGUGCCUAACAUCAUGGAACUCAAUCAUAGCUGCAUGUGGAAUGCACGGGAACUGCAUUGAUGCUCUCAAACUAUUCAAUCAAAUGAAGGAGGAAAACAUAAAACCUGAUGAGAUGACAUUCACCUCAAUAUUUUCUGCUUGCAGUCAUUCAGGCUUGGUCAAAGAGGGUCUGCAAAUAUUCAAGUCCAUGACAGAAGAAUACUCAAUAAUUCCAGGGGAAGAACAUUACUCUUGUAUCAUUGAUCUGUUAAGCCGAGCAGGAAGGGUGGAAGAAGCAUAUGACCUAGUGAAGUUGCUGCCAGAAAAGGCAAGUGCUUCUGCACUGGGGGCUUUGCUUGCAGCUUGCAGGGUACAUGGAAAAACAGAGAUGGGGGAGGUAAUAGGACAGCAUCUUCUGCAAUUAAGCCCUGAGAAGUCGAGUGUAUAUAGAUCAGUAGCAAAUAUAUUUGCAGAUGGUGGAAAAUGGGAUGAUGUGGCUAGAAUAAGGGAGUUGGCAAAGAAGAGAGGCUUGAAAAAGACUCCUGGGAUAAGUCUGAUAGAACUGUAAACAAGCAGGUAUUUCCAUGUUCAAACUUGUACACUGUCUUUUCAAAAAAUUGACCGUCUCAAAGCAGAUAGUAUAUUGGGUGUGGCAAUUUGUGUUUGCAUGUUGCCUCCACGUGAUUUUAACAUAUUAAUUCAUCUAACAUGAUUUGUUUCAUAAAGUACCAUCAGUUUAUGUAAUUUGUGAACUAUGAUUUGGAUACGAUGAUGGCAUGUUUAAUAAUAAAUUGCCAGGAUUAGA